AUAAUUGGCUAGUUAUGGUGCAAUGCCAAGCCCCUUCUGGCUGGCAGUGAUGUAGAAAUGAUACCGUGGGAAAGCUUGGUCCUUCAAACGGAUGAGCUCGACGCAUAGCUGAUAGACGCACAGAGAGUCGGAGAAUUGAAGACUUGGACCAUACUGUAUUGUACUCUGAACGAAGGAAACACAACAGCGGAUAAAAAUGAAAAGGAAUCACGAUUUUAGCUCCUCGGACAGCGAGCUGGACGAGAACAUUGAGGUUGAGAAGGAGAGUGCCGAUGAAAAUGGGAACAUGAGUUCUCCCCUUGGGCCGAUGUCUCCAGCAACAAAAACUCAAGUGAAUGCGAGGAAGCGCCGUCGAGGAAUCAUUGAAAAACGUCGCCGUGACAGAAUCAACAACAGCCUCACCGAGCUGCGCAGACUGGUCCCUAGCGCGUUCGAGAAGCAGGGUUCAGCUAAACUGGAGAAAGCAGAGAUUCUGCAGAUGACGGUGGAUCAUCUGAAGAUGCUUCAUGCUGCUGGAGGAAAAGGUUACUUUGAUGCCCAUGCCCUGGCCUCGGACUACCGGGGUCUGGGCUUCAGGGAAUGUCUGGCUGAGACGGCCCGCUACCUGAGCAUUAUGGAAGGCCUGGACAGCACUGACCCCCUGCGGAUCCGCCUGGUCUCCCACCUGAACAGCUACGCCUCCCAGAGAGAGGCCCACUCCGUCUCUGUUUCUGGACUGGGCCACCUGGCAUGGGGCUCGGCCUUUGGGUCUCCCCCCUCCGCCCACCUGGCCCACCACCUCCUCCUCCAGCAGCAGCACCAUCAACACCAGCAGGGGGCGACAUUACCGUUACCACGCAGCGCCUCCAACAGCUCUCCGUCAUCCUCCUCUUCUACUUCUUCUUCAUCCUCUUCUUCCUCCUCCUCGCCGAUAGAGAGAGAGCCUCGCUCCUCGCCCCAUGGCCAUGCUCCCAGCAGGCUUAGCGGUGCCACCCCCCUCUCUGAGCACAGUCACGCCCAGGGGGGUCCUCUCCGUGUGUCCCCCAGUGCUGCCCCCCUCCCCCCAGGGCUGAACCUCACCGUGACCUCCACAGUCGCCGCUGCAGCCUCCAAGCUCUCCCCUCCCCUCUCCCUGUCCUCCCUCUCCACCCUAUCGGCGUUUCCCUUCCCCUUCAGUGCCUUUCCCCUGCUGUCCCCCGGCACCCUCAGCCCCCCCGUCCACACCCCCUCCAGCCAAGCCAGCCUGGGGAAGCAGCCUUACCGGCCCUGGGGCAUGGAGAUAGGGGCUUUCUGAACAAUCUUUAACCCCCCUCCACACUGACUAAACUGACCAAGUAGAUGGCUAGAGAGUGCACCAUCACUACGAACUGAACUGAACUCACCAGCUGAGCUGGACCUUUCCAUGGCCAAGAAGAUGUUGUUUUUCUAUCAUACCAUAUCAACAUUCUAUAAAGGAGAUAGCUAUAGGAAUACCAUUUUUUAUUUUCCUAGAAAUUGCGUUUUUCUAUGAUGUUGACGAAAGAGGGAAACAAUUAUAAGAGAGCAAACAAAGUGAUUGUUUAAUUAACAAUAUUGAGUUAUCUAUGUGUUGUCUGUUAAUGGGCUUUGCUUCUCCUCCCAUAGUGUGUUCAGCCUGUAAGGGGAACAUUUCACAGAUGGUCAGGCUGUCAAUCAGUCGCCCAUCAAGUUCUCUGCCAAAUUGUCCCCUUUGUGUUCCCAUUGAGCCCUGGACUGUACUUGUAUCUCCCAGAGAGAGGGAGCGAGCGAGCGAGAGGGAGAGAGAGAGGGAGAGAGAGAGGCAUGGAGAGGGAGGUCUUGAUGGUGCCCUUUUUAUGACAUUUUAUUGACUGGAAGAACUAAAACCAGGUGUUUGUUUGACUGUUAGAAUUUAUCCGGAACCCUCUUGUUUUCCAUUCAUUUGAUUUGCAUUCUCUGUGUGAGUUUCUAUCGCAGCAAAAUCUCUCUGAAGUAAUGUAUUUACAGUCAUGAGUCAAGGGUGAGGACAACAGAGAGUUAAUAUCCUUAGACGUGAUGUCUACAGAGGUCACAAGACCCUAUAUUUCUGAUUGUUAGCAGAUUGCAGUCAAAAAGUGGUAGCUGUACAAUUGUUUAACAUGAAACAACAUACUGUCAUAGCGAGCUGAGCAGGCAGCUAUUGAGAUGUAUGGAACCAAUUGGAAUCGGUGUAAUAAAAAAAUGCAAUGCUUUUUCAAAGAAUUACAAUACUAGUUGGUCUGAGACUUGCAACAAAAAUUCUUUACACUCCUUUGCAUUCAAAUAUAUUAUAUGAUCCAUAAAAAGUGGUGGAGGCGUGACACUCUUCUCAAUUAA